AUGGCCGAAGCCACUGCCGCCGACGGGCAGAUGAAGGAUCUCAAGAUCUCUCAGACUAAGAAGAGCAAGAAGGAUGGUGCUCCCAAGACGGCUGCAAAGAAGCCUCAGCAGCAGAAGAAGAAGAUUGAGGGCGCUGCGCUGAUUGGUAUCGAUGUCGCAAAGGAGGACGAUCUUGGUGAAUGGUACCAGCAGGUCAUCACCAAGGGCCAGAUGAUCUCAUACUAUGAUGUCGCCGGAUGCUACAUCCUUGAGCCCGCGUCCUACGCCAUCUGGGAGUCGAUCAAGGCUUGGUUCGACAGCCAAAUUAAGACCUUGAAGGUCCGCAACGCAUACUUCCCCAUCUUCAUCAGCGCAGACAACCUGGAGAGAGAGAAGGAGCAUGUCGAAGGGUUUGCCGCUGAAGUCGCCUGGGUCACAAAGGGCGGAAAGUCUGAUCUCGAGAAGCCUGUCGCCGUUCGCCCUACCUCGGAGACUGCCAUGUACCCCUACUUUGCACGAAAGAUCCAAUCGCACCGUGAUCUUCCUUUGAAGCUGAACCAGUGGAACAACGUGGUGCGAUGGGAGUUCAAGCACCCUAUGCCCUUCAUUCGAUCUCGCGAGUUCUUAUGGCAGGAGGGCCACACAGCGCAUCUGACCAAGGAAGAGGCCGGUGCCGAGGUUAUGCAGAUCCUUGAGUGGUACUCUCAGGUCUACCAGGACUUGCUCGCUGUCCCCGUCGUCAAGGGUACCAAAACCGUAAACGAGAAGUUCCCUGGAGCCGACUACACAACAACAAUCGAGGGCUUCAUUCCUGCCACUGGCCGUGGUAUCCAAGCCGCCACUUCUCACUGCCUCGGACAACAUUUCUCGAAGAUGUUCAACAUCACCGUAGAGGACCCCAACCCCAAGGAGGGCGGAAAGGCAGAGCACGUGCACGUUUGGCAAAACUCGUGGGGUCUGACCACCCGUUCUAUUGGUGUCAUGAUUCUUACCCACGGUGACAACCGCGGUAUGGUCAUUCCUCCCCGCGUGGCUGAAAUUCAGGUCGUCUUGAUUCCCGUUGGUGUCAACGCAAAGAUGUCCGCUGAGGCUAAGGAGGAGCUGUACAGCAAAGUCAAGAGCAUCCAUGAUAGCUUGAUUGAGGCUGGUGUUCGUGUUGAGUCCGAUUACCGCGAGGGCUACUCUCCUGGGUGGAAGUUCAAUGACUGGGAACUCAAGGGCAUUCCUCUCCGAAUUGAGUUCGGCCCUAAGGAUGCUGAGAAGGGUGUCGUCACUACCUCGCGCCGUGAUAUCGACGACAAGGACGCUGCACGUGGAACCAUCAACGUUGACGAUGUCGCCAAUGAGGUUCCCAAACUGCUUGAGCAGAUCCAGGCCGACAUGUUCGCCAAAGCAGACAAGGCCUACCGCGACCACCGUGUCCAGCUCACAAACUGGGACGAUUUCGUUCCUACUCUCAACGGCAAGAACGUUGUUCUCGUUCCCCACUGCGAAGGCGACAAGUGCGAAGACGAGGUCAAGGCAAAGAGCGCAAAGACAGCGCUUGGCGACGGUGUUGCAGAAGAUAAGCAGGCCCCUGCCAUGGGUGCCAAGAGCUUGUGCAUUCCCUUCGACCAGCCUGAGGGCAUCGAACCUGGCAAGACAAAGUGUAUCAACCCCGACUGCACAACUCCUGCAAAGGCUUGGGUUCUAUUUGGAAGGAGUUACUAG